AAAAAAAAAAAAAAAAAAAACCGAAUACAACAAAACACACAUGGCGUUCAUUUCGAAAGAUUUUCGUUCACCUGGCGAAGCUUGGGUCAAGACAGACGAGGGCUGGGAACGCAAGAAGGUGCUCGAGUGUGGCGGCAAACGCAAGCGCCACAGCUCGGAGGGUAGCUGCCCGGAGGCAACGACCAGCAGCAGCAGCAGCAGCAGCGAGCGGGAGGAGGAGCAGGAAGAGGGCUGCAUGCCGCCGCAUUACCACAUCACGAUACGCUGCACCCGCGAGAUAGCCGGCUUCAAUGGUUUGAGCGAGGCGGUGAAGCGUCUCGAUUUCCGUCGCUCGGUGCGGGAUCGGAAGCGCUUCCACUACAUCUGUGCGUUCCUGCUGCUGGUCUCCAACAAGGGCAUUGCCAGCCUGCCGGGCAGCGCACAGCGCCAGCUGCUCCAAAUGGUCGAGGAGGUGGCCUCACAUGUCAAUGACAGUCAGCAGCAUCCGAAUGUGCUGCGCGGACUGGCGCUGAAGCUGGAACAGAUUGUCAACCAGGAGAACCAGAAGUGCUGGGGCAAACCCCUGGGUAGCACCUACCUGUGGCAGGAGCACAUGGCCCGGAUCAAGCGCAUUCAGCGCGUGGCCAGCCAGAUCGAGAUCCGCGAGCCCGACCCGGAGGCUCGACCCAAGCUGCACGAGCUGCCCGAGGAGUGCGUGCGCGAGAUCAUCUUGUGCAUCGCCGAUCAUCGGGAUCUGGAGUCGGCCGCCGAGGCCUGGGAGACCAUGGCCAAGCUGGUGUCGGAGCAGCGCAUCUGGCGUGAGCUGACGCGCUUCCACUUCAACCAGCGACAGAUCAGCACCAUACUGGACCUGGACAAAAUCAAGCAAAUGGGCGAGACCAAAGACUGGAAACAGAUCUAUCAUCAGCUGCGGCGCACCUAUGGCGUCAACGAUGACUACCAGUUCGCCGAGGUGCUGGCACUCUGCCGCUCCUGCUGCUGCCUCUUCUGGCCCUCCGAUGGCCAUCCGUGCAUCAUCGACCAGAGUCCCGACUACAAGCAGCGCGUCCAGGAGGCUGGCGGGCAGCUGGCGCUGGCUCAGCCUGUGCCUCCGGCACAGUUCUUGAAGUACUUUUCGUUGUAAGCUUCAGCAAGCAG